CUUCUCCUAGACGAUCGGGAGUUUAAGGUUAUAAAAUUCUUACUGCUUUCUUCACUUUUUUUAAUUCUCCAUCAUAAUAAUUACUUUUUAUUUUUUUCUUCGUGUAAGUUUGUAUUGCUUGAAAAUGUAUUUUUAAGAUUUUCGACAUUCAGCCGAGACUCCAUGGACAGGAUAUCCGAGUUGCCACGAGACAUCUUACAGCAAAUACUGAAUUUUCUUUCCCAAAAAGAGGCUGUCCAAACAUCUGUCUUGUCUAAAUCGUGGCGUUAUAAUUGGUGUAUCCGCACCAAUCUUGAUUUAUCAUUCGACAACUUCAGAGGAGACAAACUCGAAUUUCUCUCCGUUGUCGACAAUAUCUUACGUCGACAGUGUGACGAGAGGCUGUCCUUGGACGAAUUUCACCUUUCAAUAUCUCUAGACGAUCCGGAUCUCGAUCACACAUCGGGUUCUUACCUUAAAAAGUGGGUUCCGUUACUCACAGUUAUAGGUCUGAAGAAGUUCCGGCUUUCCGCGUACACGGAUCGUGCACAUGUAUAUCGUGCACAACCUCUUAAACUGCCACCCGUAGUCUUUGGAGCCGAAUCACUCCAAGAUUUGCAUUUGGAUAACUUCGUUUUGGACAGAGAGACUAUGGAAAGGAUACUACCGUGGAAGCAUUUAACAUCACUCCGUCUCGAACAUGUCUACAUCGAAGACGAGAUCUUGCAGAAGAUAACCCUAGGUUGUCCUUUGGUCGAAAACCUAAAAGUCGAAGGAAAUUCUUGGAGGGUACGCGCAGUUAAUUUGAAUCAUCUUCACAAUCUCAAGUACUUGUUUUUGCAGCUGUACGAGAGAGAGAACGACCAGCAUUGUAGCUUCGAACUCCCACCACCAUCUCUCGAGACCGUCCAACUUUGCUUUAGUAAUUUUUCGUACCACAAAGGAGCUGAUUUUCGUAACCUCGAUUCUUUAUGUAUGCAGUACGUGAGAUCAUCGCCGUGGGACCGCUUUUCGUCGACUAUAUUCCCAUGUCUCAAACGCUUGACUAUAUACCAUUGCCCCGGAAUCGAAAAAACCAAGCUAUUUAUUAACGCCCCAAACAUACUGUAUUUUGCAUAUCACGGGCUCAAAGUCCCGACCAUCUCUUUUGCAGAAACUUCCAGCGAGUGGAAGUCGGAGAUAUACCUAGACUAUAACGGUUUGACGUGGUUCCUCGAGCUACAUGAACUGCUCAAUUCAUUACGCCACUCCGAGAUUUCUCUGGCAAUCGAUCAACACGGCAGGAUAAACAAACACGUUACGGUAGGAGAGAAUGUUGAUAAUAGACCUAUUGUUGAGAGCUUGAAGAUGGAUUCUCGUCUUGUAGUUUAUAUGUUUUUUAUUUGUCGUCCAAGAAACAUUUACGGAUACGAGAUAAAAUCGGUGAGGUUUCUACGGAAGUUUCUAAUGAAGAGAGAAAGUGGAAACGAGCACAUGCAGUUGUUGUUUCGAGAUUUGGAGGAAGUAAGCUUCGAGACGAGAGUGGACAUUCGAGAAGAAUGGCGUCCGUUAACUUUGUCGGACCUUAAAUCGGGGUUGGAAUUUCGAUUUGCAUUCAAAUGGAGAAAUACUCCUCUGUGAGUACUCCAACUAUUAGUCUCUGCUGAUAGUUUUUAUUUGCUUAUUUUAAUUUAUUUGCUUCUUAAGCUCAACUCUUUCAGUCUUUCUUUUCUUUGGUUUGAUUUAUUUAAAUUAAUACAAGAUUAUUUAUUGGAUGACAUCAAUUGUUGUGGGCUUAUAUAACUCAAAGUCCUUUAAAUUUAGUUCAUCUUUUUUCAUUUUUUUUUUGAUAUAUGUAAAAAU